AUGCCGCUAGGAGAAAAGCUUGGUCGUCCAUUUGAGAUGCUGUCGCUCAUUGGCCGUAAACGCAAGGACGAGUCACCGGCACCCCACCACCGCCUCAGCAGUGCGGAGGCACGUGCCUACGCCAACGCCACAGGUUCUGCCUCUGCAGGAUAUUCAUACAGCUUUCGUAACAGCAGUAGCUCCUACCCUGGGAUUAAAUACGAGCGUCUCACGUCGGCCACCCGAUCGGCUCCCGUCGUUCAGUACGAACGUCUUACUCCAGGUUCUGCUGCAUCUACAGCCUCUGGUGCUGCUCCUAUUGGCUCUGAAAGUACUCAUCCAUUGCCUCUAGAUUAUGAGGCUGCAGCACGUGAAGCAGCGUUUCCCAGCCCUGAUUUAGUGACGUCUGCGACGGUUGCCUCCAGCUCGUUCCGCACGGCGCCAUCCCCUGCCUUGUCAUCUCUACCAUCUCCUGGAAUGCUCACGCCGCUUACGCCCGCAGUUGGAGUGACUUAUAAUCCUGUUGGACGCAGCCCUGUUGUCGAUACGAUUCGGGUACGUCCGCCGCGCAAUGUAGCAAGCCCGGCUCAGCUUCCGCUCGGCCCUGCGGGUGCACCAUCCGCACCCUUCUCUUGUGUGAUGGAGGAGUGGAUGAGUCAGUUGAGAUCUCCUACACCAGAUGUGACGCUCUUACCAUCGCCCUGCGACUUCAACAAGGACACACCUACACCCCUGGAUACCAACAGUAUGGAUCUCCGACGGCUACGGGAUGCGCUAUUACCCACACCUCCGCCGGAUAUACAUGAUCAACGACAACACCCUAAGAAUUCGGCGUACGUGACUACAUGUGGGCCUCGUCCACUGUUUGAGGACAUUGCGUCCUUGUGCCGUGAUUUAAAUUCACAAGAUCUUUCUGGCGCUAAUAAGGGAAGACUGCCGUCGUCUAGCGGACAGAUAGCAACCAAGUAUAACUCGCUCCCGGCUAGACCGCUGCGUGCUCGUGAGGAAAGUAUCUGCAGCGCAUAUUCGGACGAAGGAGAGAGUCAAGCGAGGAUGCUGGCAGCAGCUGCCGCGCUCAGCAGCGUUUCGUCAAUGGGGAUGUCUAGUACUUCGAUGUAUGCUAGCUCUAGCUCGGGUACUAAGGGCAAGCGACGCAAGAUGUGCACAGCUGAAGGAUGCCAAAAUCUGUCGCGUUCUCGAGGAUUAUGCAAGGCCCAUGGAGGAGGGAGGCGGUGCAGCAUUGAUGGCUGUUCACGUGCUAGCCAGAGUGGCAGCUUAUGUAUCACUCAUGGAGGUGGCAAGCGCUGUACAGUAGAUGGAUGUAUGAAAGCAGCACAGUCGCGCGGCAUGUGCAAGGCUCACGGAGGUGGUGUGCGCUGCCGUGUGGAAGAUUGCACUAAGAGCUCGCAGGGUGAUGGGUUCUGCCGCUCACAUGGUGGUGGUCGACGGUGUGGCCACCCGAGUGGUUGUUCUAAAUGGGCCCAGCGUAAUGGAAUGUGCAUGGCUCAUAGCGAGGGAAAGUAUGGCAACAGUUAUCGUGGCCGCCAAUACCGGAUGGAACUGAGCGAUCCUGUAGUCCAGCAGACUUGA